AUGAGUGUUGCUGGGAAUACUGGUCGCCUACACAAAGGGGAUGUCCUUAUUUCAACCGCUACGCUUUUCGUUGUCUGCUGGAUCGCCGCCAUUGUGCGAGCAUAUAUUCGAAUCCAGAUUCAGAGACAGAUUUCAUGGGACGAUAUAUUUCUAGCCAUCGGGGUCUGCUGCCUAUCUAUAGGCCUGGCUAUCUUCUACGCUAUCACAAUUGACAAAAUGUACCUCACACUGGCAGUCCAAUAUGGUGAGACUGCUGGAAUAACUCUUCCACCAGAUAUUAUACGGAUAAAGUUCGAUUACCAGAAAUGGAUACAAGUAACGAUAGUUGUGCUCUGGCUGGCUGUGAUGUCCGUGAAAUUCAGCUUCCUAGCUCUAUUUAAAAACUUAGUCGAUGGGAUUCAGCCGCUGAGGAGGUAUUGGUGGGUUGCGACUAUUGUCAAUAUUGGCAUUCUAGGAUAUGGAUCUGUUGUUACACAUAUUUCCUGCCCUUAUUACUAUACUCUCGAGAAUGCUAUAUGUUUGACCCCGUCUGGCCAGCGGCGAAUAUCGGCAUUUCUUUUCAUACACCUAGCAUUAGACCUAUUCGGCGAUGCUUUGAUUCUAUAUAUACCGGUCCGCCUGAUUUGGACCGUUCGGGUGAGACGGACGCAAAAGAUAGGCCUCACUUUGUCGCUUUGUCUCACAAUACUAAUGAGUAUUGUGACUGUCAUUCGGGGAGCAGGAGUUUACUACAAGGGACUCGUCGACACCAACUGGGAAACGUAUUGGGUGAUAAUAUGUGCGGAGAUUGGGGUUUGCCUGGCUUCCGCUACGUGUUUCCGCUCAUUUUUCAUUGCUCGAAAACAAUACAAGGCCGUAUCUGCAUCAAGUCAUUCUAGGGGUCAGCGGGAACGUCGCUGGUAUCCCCUGGUCACUGGCCUGUUCAGACAGCCUGUUGUUGCUGAUGAAAUUCCGAAGAGCUUGAGCAGAGAAGAGACUGCGUUGCCACAGUUGAAAAUUGAAACAACGAUGUCCCAAACGAUGGGGAUAACUGCAUUGCCUCGCCUUCCAAACCCUUACUUUUCGCCCUUUCCGCAGCCUAUGGUAUCUCCACAAAGCAGUGUAUUCAUUCUCGAUUAG